AAACAAAUGUGCAUGUUGCAGGGUUUUGGUUCAGCAAACGCCAACGCUCAGAAAAAAUGCUACCUUUGUGAAUGCUUUCACAGAUAUCAAUGUAAGCUGGUGGGACGUAAAAUGACGUGUGAUUGUUCAGGAUAUGGCUAUACAGGAGUAAAUUGCAACACGAGUGAGUCCCCGACAUGUAACCAGACUGAUCCGUGUGAUCUUGAGGGUGCUAGGGAAAGUUACAAUCUUACUGCGACAUCCACUACUCAAAUUUUGACUUCGCCAGGGUUUCCGACAUUUUACUGUAACGAUAUGGAAUUCUAUUGGAGAAUAUAUGCUCCAGACGGGAAAAGGAUUCGUAUCACCGUUACUUACAUGGCGUCCGAGUCAUUUGACGAUGUAGAAAUUUAUGACGAUGAGUGUACACAGCCAUCAGAUUGCAAUAUUUUUGCAGACGUUCUUCUGGCCGACCUUGGGGGCAAUGCAGAUCCACUUCUAGAAUGCAGAAAUGACAUUCCUUGGUUGCGGUACAACUCUGGCCUUGCAGACCUUAUCAGUGAACCAUUUGAGUCCAGUUCAAAUGUAGUAACCAUCCUUUGGCGCUCAGAUGACUUUAAUGAUCGAGGCCCCGGAUGGAGCUUGAACUACAUUUACAUUGAUUAAAAAGGAAACAGCGCAUCGAAACUUAUCCUUCCUUCUUUGUUUGACUGAAAAAUCACUAUGCAACAAAGCAUGGAUAUUAUAUCAAUUGAAUGUUUCUUUCGACAAUUAGUAUAAGUAGAACAAAUAAAACAACAUCUAUCAAGA